UCAUCACUCUGAUAUAAAAAAAUAAUAAUACAAUCUUCGUCAUCAUUCAUUGUCUCUCCCAUGGCAUUACCUUGCUCCACCAAAAUCCUGGAGUUCUGUCAAGUUCUACCAGCCUACGACUCACCUGAGUCGGCUACCGAGUUCUCUCUCCCUCUCACCUUUUUUGACAUAUUUUGGUUGAAAUUAUCACCUGUUCAACGUCUAUUUUUCUAUCAACUCACUGGUCCAUCAGCUACACCUACUUUCUUCAACACUGUAAUAUUACCUAAACUCAAGCACUCCCUUUCUCUCACCCUCUUCCACUUUCUCCCACUCGUCGGCCGCCUCACCUGGCCACCAAACUGUCCCAAACCUUUCAUCCUCUACACUCCAAACGAUGGUGUUCCGCUCACCGUCGCCGAGUCCGACGCGGACUUCGAUCGUCUCUCGAGUGAUGAUAUCCUUGAUGCUGUUGAGUUGCAUCCUUAUGUGCCUGACUUACCAGUAUCUGAUACUAUGGCUUCUAUACUUGCUCUGGAGAUUACUUUAUUUCCAAAUAAAGGGUUUAGCAUCGGUUACUCUAUAAACCAUGCGGUUCUUGAUGGUAAAAGCAUAACCAUGUUUAUGAAAUCCUGGGCUUACAUGUCUAAGCAUGGUGAAAAUGGAAAACAGAACACUUCUAUAUUGCCUGAAGAACUUGCUCCGUUCUUUGAUCGAAACGGUAUCAAAGACCCAUUAGAGCUGGGGAAUCUGUUCUUGAGGCAGUGGGAGUCCCUAAGCGAAUCUGAGCCAAUGAUUAAUUCUCGAAGCUUGAAGCUGUUACCCCAAUUAGGAGCAGACAUCAAAAAGGUGAGAUCCACAUUCCAUUUAACUCGUGAAGAGAUAAUCAAACUCAAGAACAAAGUAUUGUCUCAGCUGGAAAAUCCAAUUCCUUUGUCAACUUUUGUGGUCACCUGUGCCUAUGUAUUGGUUUGCAUGGUAAAAGCCAAAGGAGGAGAUGGAAACAGAAUGGUUUGGUUCCUAUUUGCAGUGGAUUGCAGGAGACGCUUAGAUCCUCCACUUCCGGCUAAUUACUUUGGCAAUUGUGUUGCCGGUCACGACGUUUUUACAGAAGCAAGAGAUUUUAUGGAAGAGAAUGGGUUCUCCAACAUUGCAAAGAGAUUAAGUGGGGUUAUAGAGGGAUUGGAGAAGGAUCCUUUACAAGGAGCAGAGGAUAAGAUAUCAAGUUUCAAAAGUGAAAUUAGAGCUGGAAUGCAAGUGAUUGGGCUUGCCGGAUCAACGACUUUUGACGUUUACGGGUGUGAUUUCGGGUGGGGCAGACCAAAGAAGGUGGAGAUAACCUCCAUAGAUAAGACUGGAGCAAUUUCUUUGACACAGAGUAGAGAUGGAAACAGAGGAAUUCAGAUUGGUUUGGUCUUAAGCAGGGAUGAAAUGGAAGCUUUUGGUUCUUUAUUUGUCGAUGGCCUGAAACACCUUUAAGGGUUUGUUUGCCGAUUGAGAGAGCAGCAAUAACCUCAAGGGGAGAAGUCCGGUGAAUCCAAUUCAGUUGGGGCUCGUCUAUUUGAGUAAUUUCGUGUGAAUUUGCUAGAGAUAUUAGUAAUUUGGCAUUGGCUAGAGAAAUGCGCACGUAAUAAAAAGUUGUAAUGUAAUUGCAACAAUAUCUUCUUUUUAGAUAAAUUUCUUCGAAAUAAUUGUUUCUGAACUUUUUCUCAUCAGUUGCCUCCUCAAUGCAUUCUAAAUUUAAAGUUUUUUUUUUUUUUCUC